AUGUCUUCAAAACGUGUUGUCGCUGUCCUGGGCGCGACUGGAGUCCAAGGCGGAUCGAUUGUUCGACAUCUUUCAACACAACCUGAAUACGACAUCCGGGCUAUCACCCGCAACCCUCUCGGCGAGGCAGCAAAGCAGCUGUCCGCCCUUCCAAAUGUGUCAGUCGUCAAAGCCCAUUUUGGGGAUCCGGCGUCCUUGGUCGCGGCAUUCGAAGGUGUCGAGGCUGUCUAUGCCUUGACGAAUUUUUAUGACCCGGAGAACCAGGCCAACCCCCUUCAAGAAUUGGAGCAAGGCAUUGCCCUUGCGGACGCCGCCAAAGAAGCUGGAGUCCAGUUUUUCAUCUGGUCUACAGUCCCCAGCGCUUUGCUUAGGAUGAAGGGCAAGUUUCAGUCUACUCGUUUAGUCGAGAACAAGUUCUACGUCUCGGCGUACUUGAAACAGAUCGAACUACCACACAUUGACCUUUACCUUGGGUUCUACUACGACAACUGGAUCAACUUUGGCCUUCUGUCGCUUGCAUCCGAUGGUACUAUCGAGAUUCUCCAGCCCAUCUUGCAGCCCGAGACGAAGAUCGGUAUGGUCUGGACGGCACGCGAUCUUGGUCCCACUGUCGACACGGUCCUCAAGAACUACCGCACUGCACCUCGACUUCUGAACGAAAACAUAUACUGCGUCGGUGGAUACCACAGUACAGCAGACUUUGCACGAGAGCUCCAGAAACAGACUGGCAAGACGGUUCGGGUCGUUGGUGGCCCGACAACAGGGUUUCAGGAUCUGGAUACGAUGUAUGAGUACUAUAACAGGCAUAGCGUAUAUUCGGAGUUUACUUUGCCAAAGAAAGAAGCGCUGGAGUUGGGAAUCAAGUUCCAUACAUUGGAGGAUUAUGUCAGGGAAGUUGCUGUGCCAUAUGUCCAUAAGCUUGGCCAGGCACAGUAA